UUCGUGAAACUGUUUUGACACAAUUUUUCCUCAUACUAAACCAAUUGACUAUCCUUCGGAACGAGUUCUGCAGCUUCCGUUUGUUAUCUUGGUCCAUUUGCUUAUUUGCUUGAUUGAUAGACAGUUAUAAAACAUGUAAUUUUGAAAGCAGGGUGAGCUAAUUACCGGUGCAGAUAUCAUUAGAGUUUUAAUAUUGUUACAGAGGACUAUUUUGACCAUUUGUAUCAGAUGAGCUCAACGCUACGUGAAAUGACGAAUAAAACUUGAAACUACAUAGUGAAAGAUUUUUUCGUAGUCAUGCAGUCGCAAGUUGUUAUAUUAGCAUACUUCAGAUGGACCAUUCUGUGCGGUAUAGUUGUGGGAGAAGUUCAACAGCAAACAUUUCGCAUCACUCCGAACGACGUGGAAGCUCGCACUGGAGAUGAUGUGAUUCUCCGGUGUGAAGUGGAGCAUCUGGCUGGGCGGGUACAGUGGACCAAAGAUGGGUUUGCGCUAGGCUUUUCCAGUGACAUCGUGGGUUAUCCGCGGUUUUCACUGAAUCAAAAUCAUAGCUCGGGAGUUUUUAAUCUCAGAAUUACAAAUACCUCCAUGGACGACUCUGCUAGCUACCAGUGUCAAGUUGGUCCGGCGAAGCACAACCGUCCAAUUCGUGCUGCAGCAAAAUUAACCAUACUUGGUCUUAUGAAAAGUCACCGAGGAAUGCAUCACCGGAAUUGAAUCCAUCCAAAAUUCAUAGAAUUCGAGAUAAAUUGAGAGAUAUGUAGUUCCAGUAAUUUUUGAAUUAACACAUUUAUUCAUAAUUGCGCUCAAUUUGAAAAACUGUGAAUAACCAAUGUGCAAUUCUGAAAGCAUAACUCAAACUGCUUAACAUUACUUACAUAUCAACAUUAUUGUAGAAAAAAUGAAAUGGAAAUGCAUCAUAACCUUAAACAUGGAAUAUUAUAAAAAAUUCAUCGAUUUAUUCUUCAAAAUAAAACGUUAAUCAAAA